CUGUAUGUCCUCGACUUCGCUGAAUGCGACACUGACGAGACACCACACGCGAUGCGUGCAAAGGCGGCGAUGCUGUCUCUUUCCCGUUAAGCAACUGGUUGUGCUGGUAUACUUGUCUGGACAUGCGUCUCAAGACGUUGACCACUUGCAGGGCGAGAGGGUUGUUGCGGACGUCGGGUGUGUGGAGGAGGUUGUCCAACUCUGACGUCGGGUUAGCUUGCGCUGCCUGUCUCCCCAUCAAGAUUCUCCACAUCCCGCUCCCUGGUGCCACCUGUUCAGUUCGUGGACGGGGAGGUUUUGCCGGUGCAGACCGACGACGCUAGCCCGAGCAAGGCGAGGGCGCCCGAGGAAAGAGCGAGGGUCAACCUGUGGCAAAGGCAGAGGCGUCACACACCUGUGGCAAAGGCAGAGGGCAUCGGGUCGAGCACAUGUGUCCACGACACAUACCACCUUUCCUCGUUGGUGUCGUCGAACGUCGGUGGCGGCACCCUGUUGAUGCUCAAGUGGAGGUCGAUGUGCAGGUUGCCCGACGGACGGCGAACGGUGAGCUGCAACUCCUCGUUGUCGGUCUGCUCCUCAAGGGCCAGCUCGACACACUGCCGAAGCGUCGUCGUGAAGUCGCGAGGCAACCCCACCAUCCACCAACGCCCACGCACCAAACGACUCACC